AUGCUAAAAUUACUUGUGAUAUUUUUACUAAUUACUUUUGGAGCAAUAAUUCUAUUUCUAACUGGAGAAUUUAUAAUUGAUCAUUUACAAUUACUAAAGUAUACAGAAAUGAAUGAUAGUGAAAAAUGGGUGGAAAUAGUGAAGAAGAAAAAUAACAGAUGUGUUGUACUUCAGCGAUUAAAUAAUGCUACUAUUAAAAUCAAAGGGCAUAGCAUUCGGCUAUCAAGAAAUAAACGGAACUCUACAAAACAUUUAGAUGUAUUCAUCGUUUUGCAUUCUCAUGUUGAUCCCGGCUGGUUAUAUACAUUCGAUGAAUAUUACAAUGAAACGAAUCAUUCGGUGCGAAAAAUUUUAAACAAUGUAGUAAAUUCAUUGAGGAAGCAUCCUAAGUUACGAUUCAUCUGGUCCGAUAUAUCAUUCCUGGAAAAAUGGUGGUCUGAAGCUAAUGCAACCUAUCAAAAGUAUUUCAGAAGCUUAAUAGAUGAAGGUCACCUAGAAAUUACUGGUGGUCAAUGGGUGAUGAAUGAUGAAGCAACGCCGUAUUUUUGGGAAGUUAUUGAAAAUAUCAUUGUUGGACAUCGUUACAUUAAGGAAACGUUAAAUAUUACACCAACCACUUCAUGGUCAGUGGAUCCGUUUGGUCAUGGACUUAUGAUGCCAUAUCUAAUGAUGUUAGCCGAUAUUAACCAAAUGGUAAUAGGUCGUAUCAAUUCAAAUAUCAAAAAUGUGUUAAAGCGAUAUCAUCAGUUACACUUUCGUUGGGCGCAAAAUUGGGAUCCGCAACUUCGUUGGGCACCAUUUGUUAACGUAUUGCCAAAUACAUAUUACACUGUAAGUAGUGCAUGUGGAACGGAUGAAUCAAUUUGUUGCCAGUUCGAUGUUUCCAGGACAUCUCGAUCAUACUGUACGGAACGUGCUCAAGUUGACAAUUCUCAAAAAAUUGCUUUAUAUGGUGAACGAAUGGCAAAUCAAUAUCGCUCGUUGCAAACAUUCUAUAAUUCAGAAGUGAUAUUAGUAGCUGCUGGUGAUGAUUUCCUCUAUUCACAUCCUGAUGAUUUAGAAAUUGUUCAUCAUGUUUAUACUGCACUUGCCAAAUAUAUCAAUCGAAAUUAUGAUCGCUUUAAUAUGAAGGUGCAAUUUGGUACGGUGGCAAAUUAUUUCAAUGCACUAAAAGAAAGUACAAAAAGGUCAGCUUCUGUGCUUGAUGGCGAUUUUUUCCCAUAUAUGGAUGAUCCAUCGAGUAGUCAACCAUAUUGGACUGGCUUCUAUAAUCAUCGUGCAUAUUUUAAAUGUUUCGAAAGAAUUAUUCAAAGAGAAUUUCGUUUAACGGAUUUACUAAAUGUGAUAGCUGGAAAAUAUCCAAAUAAUGAUGUAGAAUUGGCACGAAGAAAUUUGGCACUUAGUAUACAUCAUGAUGCCAUUACGGGUACUAGUAAACGUCGAGUGAUGAAUGAUUACAUGUUAAGAUUACGAUCAGCUUUACAUACAUUAUUGAAGGAACAGGAAAGAUUGCUAAAAAUUUCCAAUAAUACUUUUACAACAAUGUUAAUUUAUGAUUCGGUGAAAACAAAAGGAAUGCAUUUAUCUCGCAGAAUUCUUUCUUUUGCCGAUGAUAACGAAAGUUACCAAAUUCGAAUUGUAAAUCAAAAAGCAUUUCCAAUAAUGGAAUUAAUUAAAUUAAACAUAUCUUCUUCUUCUGUUAUUGUAACACAUAAUGGUAAACCAUUAACAAUACAAUUGGUACCAUUAUUGAAUCAAUCAAAUCUUUUCGAACUAGUCUAUAAUGAUGGAAGCAUGGAAAUUAAUUUCAGUAUUUAUUUUAAUCAAAUCAUUGAUUACGGUGGUGCAUAUACCAUGGUAUCGAGAUUACCAUUCCGGAAUAUCAGCAAUAGAUAUCAAUUGUCAACGAUUAUUAUUGAAGGACCGAUCUAUUCAAGCAUUUAUCAGCAAUUAUCACCACAAUUAGCAUAUCAUAUUACCAUUAUCAAUUCAACAGAUGAUUUAGCUCGAUCUCUACAAAUUGAUGUUUUCACAAAUGUUACUUCAAUUCCCAAUCAUACAUUCUUUAUGAAUUUAAAUAGCAAUAUUAAAAAUAAUAAUCAUUUCUAUACUGAUAUAAAUGGAAUGUAUUUGAUAAAACGAAGCUAUAAUAAAAAGAUGAAAUUCGAAGCGAAUAUUUAUCCGAUGAUUACCGAAGUAAUGAUAGAAGAUGAUAAACUUCGUUGCACCAUUCUUGGAGCACAAUCAACUGGUGUUACUUCAAAAUUGGGUGUGCUUACACUGAUGAUAGAUCGGGAAAUGUAUAAUGAUGAUGGAAAAGGUUUAGAAUAUUACGAAGCUAGUGAGAGUUAUCCGUCACAUCUCAAAUAUCGAAUUAUUUUUGAAUCAAAAAUACCAUCAUCAGUGGAUAAUUUUAAUCGGAAGAAAAGAGUUAGCAAAUCAGAAAAUGAUAGUUUACCGAUGAAUAUGAAGAAUAUUUUAUAUCAUUCGCAAUUUGUACAACAAACUUUGGAGGAACUACUUUAUCCGGCUUCUCUAUUCACAUCAUCAAAUAUCAAUUCAACGAAUGAUAAUGAUAUAAUAUCAACAUUGAUUGGUCUACCACGCUUACCUGAUAACAUUCAACUUAUCACUAUUCGAUAUACAGCACAAAAAACAAUACUAAUAUCAAUGCGUCAAUUACCGUAUGACUGCUCAGUAAAAUCAUAUUCUAAGAGCAACACUAAUUUGGUACUAUUGGAAUUGAAAAUUUAA